AUGAAGCCCAUUGUGAGUGCGGUGCAAGCAUGGUCUUGCGUCGUGAUCUCGCUUUUUGCCAUCGUCAUCCUAUCUGUCCUCGGUCUCCUUUUUAACAAUAACCAUCCCGAACUGGUUGGCGGCGACGAGGAUCCCGAGAACGGGCCUGCAGUGGCCGGCACUGUUUUCACGGCCGUCAUCAUCUAUGCUGGAUUCCUCGUCUUCUGCGGCCUUCAGGGCCUAUUGCAUCUACGGGAAAAUCGAAGAGGCGCCAUCGCGUUAUAA